AUGUAUCGAUAUGUUGCUCUCUCACUUGCAAUGGCAGCUACUAGCAUGGCGCAGAUACCGACGAAUCUCACGUUUCACGAGUUGACCACGCAAUAUUUACCAUUCAUCUCCCUCAACACCGCCUACAUCUUCAAUGAUACAAGAGCCUCCCAGCAACUGGCUAACGCAGUAGACAAUCCUGUGACUAUUUUCUUGUCUCUCAAUACUCCCUUUCAACAAUUUGAAGCUACACCACCGCCAAGCGGUGCAGCCGGACAGAUCGAAGCCGCCAGCGUAACAAGCGCAGCAUUGAACAGCGAUCUAUUUCAGUAUCUCCAACUGGAUGGCCUCCAUCGUUCUACGUCCUUUAACGGGACAUCCUUCAUGAGGACUCGCUUCAACGACACGCAGUAUGAGCACGUCACUGGAGGACAGAAUAUCGAGGUGUUUCGCAACGAGACCGCGUUCUACGUUGGAACGGGCAUUGGAUUCAAGUCCAAUGUCCUCAUACCCGAUCUCGAUUUUGCUGGUGGUAUCAUUCAUAUCGUAGAUCACCCAAUGGCGCCGCCAUACUCCCUUGGAAACACUGGCACUGUCCUGAGCAUCGAUGCUAUCGCAGGUAUCAUUCAAGCGAGCGAGAAAGGUCCUAGUCCUAGCUUCCUCCCCAAUAUUCAGAACUCCGGCGAUGUCACAGUCUUUGCGCCCCAGAACUCAGCUCUUAAUAAUAUGUCGAUUGCCUCGCCUCAAAUCGCCGGAAACUUCGUUGUUUCUGGACCGGUACUAUACUCUACUGCCUUGACUGCUGGGACAAACUUUCUCACAACUGGAAAGACGAAGCUUUUCGUCACCACCAACGCAAGUGGGGCAAUCUUUGUCAAUGGAUCACGUAUCAUCGAAUCUGACAUACUCACUGCGAACGGUGUUGUGCACGUUAUUGAGAGUCCUUUUUAG